AUGUAUAUACAUGAAACCCCCAAGCCUGUGCUCUGCAAGCUUUCAUCGUUCGAACAGAGUGCUGUCCACACUGUCGAGAUGGCUGGCUCAACUUCACCUCAGCGCGCGUCCUCGACGAAUGCGAUUGUGUGGUAUCUAAUCUACAAUUCUCUUAUUAUUUCUUUGAGCGGUCUCGCUGUCGUUUUUUGGAUUAUCGGAUCCAAGCGGCCUUUACUGUAUCCCGUCGAAUUUGGGGAGUGGCUGCGAGCUAACCCAAAGACCGGAACCAUCAUCUGGACAGCAUGCGGUAGUGUUUCUGCAGCUAUCUUCCUGCUGUUGCUCAAAUGUUGUCUGCUUCUGAUGAUCAGACAGAGAGCCCGUGAAGGAGCCACCUUUUCCACAAUUGAAGGAUGGAACAGGUGUGCUAACGAACAACCGCUUUUUAACACCAAACGCCUAAAGCUAUCUGGAUUUACAAUUGUCAACUGGCUCGUCGCGUUGACCCUCACUACAGCCUUCACAACGCUCCUCACCCCAACCAACGUCCUCGUCAGCGAGGGUAUCCUCGGCGACGAACUCGAUUACACAGCUGAUGAAUUUCGGGACUGGUACAACAUACGAGGCUCAGACAAUAAUGUACCAGUGAAUAAGCGCUACCUGUGUGAACGGAUGACUUAUACCUCAUCGACAGGUUCCGUCAAUUUCCCUACUUGCCCUCACACAGAUGACCCUAUUGGUUAUAUUUCUGCAGGAGUUUCCGCUACCCAACAAACUCUCGGCGUCGACAAUGCAUCAGUGAGAGUCAUCGACAGCCUAUUCCAAGGCUCGACUGGCGGAGUACUCCCCAUCGGUUUCCGUGGCAUCCCGGCCUUCAACAACGUGGAUUUCAAGAACUGGGACCCCUCCACUAGAUACCCGCAUUUCAACUACACCCUUUCACAACAAGGCCUCUCUGCAGAAGUGUCGUGUUAUGAAACACUAGACACGCCGAUAGAGAAUAAGAUUCUGGAGACGCUGAACGUGACCAACUCAGCUGAUAACCACAACACCCUACAGUUGGUUGAGUACUCUAUUCGGAAGGACUUUUGCAUUAGACAAGAUAAGUGGGUUGUGCCGAGCAUAGGUGUUGUGGCGCACUCCCUGUGUCAGCCUGAUCGAGACAUUAAGAAAUAUGAGUUCUAUCUCAAGCCGUUUGGGAAGUAUGACAACCUUCCGAAAAUCACGUGCACAAUUGAGCCGAUGAUCACCAACAACCUCGUCACUUAUUCCACAGCCACAGGGCUGUUCACGUCAAAGAUCGUGGAGACGAUUGGCAGUUCAGCCGUGCCAAAUGAGACGAUCGCCAACGUUAACGAUCUUCUCAGCUACUCCAUCACGAGUUGGGGAAGCGGUCUGAUCGACUCCAUUCUUAGCCUCAAUACUACCGGGGAUGGCUCGGGAAACUUCACGUAUCCAGUCGCCGUUGAGUCUGCUUUGCGCGGCUUGGCUGAAUAUGCAGGCACCUACUCACGGAUAUACUAUUCUGCCAAAUACAAUGCAACCGGUCGAAGCACUGUCAAUGGGACUUAUACCACUUCUAGAGUCGGAUAUCAUCAGACACAGCCGACAGCUUUGUUAAUCGUCCUUCCUAUGAUCUUAUACCUGGUUUCCAUUGCAGGAUGGUACACAUACAAGGGUCUGAAGACCGGCGUGCGGAUCGAUGACGAUUUCGACCCAACGAAUAGUACUGCGCUGGUAACUGCCGCAGCCUUGGGUGCGUCGAAAAAAGGACUGAAUCUGGAGAAAUUCACUGGCCUUAAUCAAUAUUAUGAGAUGGUUUCAGGAUUUCAAAGUCAA